AUGAACGGAUCAGUGAUCGUCCCGCUCUACAUCUACCCUUCCGUAGGUGCUUGGACUCCUAUCUACAACAUGGCUUCGGCAUACCCGCAAUUGCAGUUUACCGCAAUCGUCAACAUUUACAAUGGUCCCGGCGAAGGUGCACUGCCGAGCAAGGAGUAUUCACAAGCCAUGGGAAUACUGAACUCGCUCAUUAAUGUACGCACUAUCGGCUACGUGGCCACCUCGUGGUGUACAAGGAAUUUAAGCUCGGUGCUGGACGAAAUAGCCGCGUACUCAUUCUGGGGCGAGUACGACUCAUCAAUGGCUAUCCAUGGCAUUUUCGUCGACGAGACUCCUACACAGUACGUUCCGGAUCAUGUUACAUAUUUACAAACGAUAUCCCAAGCAGUCCACGAGAGUCCCGGGCUAAGGGAUGACUACAUUGGUAAGCCAAUUUCGUUCAUUUCGGUGUUACUCCCAUUCCGUGCCCCCAUAGAAACCCAAACCCUAUAG